UUAAUAAAGGGACUAAGGCGAAAAUAAAUUGAAUGAAUAAAUGUAGCAUUGUGUAUGAACUGUGAUGCACCAAUUUAACUGAACCAAACCGAAUUGAUGACAUUGAUAAUUGAACCAUGACACCUGUCUAGGUUCACACCCUUGCUGCGUGAUUUGCUUCUUUUGGGCUUCUUUUGGGCCACACCGUAACUUUUGCAUGUGGGAAAGACAGUAAAGGUGGACUCAUCAGAGAACAAUAUAUGUAUGUUUCAUAUUGUCCACAACCCAAGAGUCACCAAAGAAUUGCAGCCCGGCUGUGUAUAUUGACCCUGUGGAGCUCCUGAUAAACAGUUUAAACAGCUCGUCAGAAUUGUUGCUUCAGACCCGAUCUGAGACUAAAGAACCCUUCUGCUGAGCUUUCUUCCAACGUUGAAGAAAGAAUUUCCCUCACUAGUGCGGAAGAAGAUGUUUUAGCGGUGGUUGAGCUGGGUUUCCCGUCCCCUUGGUGUUUCGCUGGGGAUCUAAAAGAGCAGUUUCUACAAAGAGCAGAAUUCCCUAAGACAGCACAUGGUCGUACAGCGCGUCUUUCUAAAGAUGUUGUUUCGAUCGUGCGUUUCUGGAUGCGGUGGUUUCCUCACCCCGGAUGACAGGCACGAGUAUUGCCUCACAUGCUUGGGGGUCCAACAUGUUGAUGCGGUGCUCGCAGACAAAUCUUGCCCGAAUUGCAAUGGCUCGACUGUUGUGCAACUGAGGUCGCGGCAAGCUCUUUUAUUAGGGCAAGUCACCCCUGCUGCUCCCCGCCAAGCGGUUAGCACUCGGGCAGGCUUGAGGGUUACAGUGGGGUCUAUUCCCUCACCUUCGGGCCUGCGGACCCCUCGCUCCUCGUCAGUGCGCUCUGUCUCUGCUACGAGUGCGAGCGCUGGUCCAUCCUCUGGGUUCGCAUCGCUUUCAUUAGAUGGCACCACAGACGUUAUGUCCAUCGCUGCAUUGGAGGGCGGGUUAACAUGCUCCGAUGAAGAUCCGGACCCCCUGCCACCCUCCGGGAUUGUCAGUGAGGUUUCGGACCUGGAGUCAGAAAUGUUAGCCAUGUUAUUCCGGGCUGCUUCAGCCGUGGGACUGAAGAUGGCUUGUCCCCCAAAACCGUGACCGGACAGCUUAGACGGGUGCUUCCUGGGGGCAAAGCUGUAGCCUUUUAGACCCCCACCCCCUUCCUCUCGGAGGUACACAGAGAGCUCACGCAGGCAUGGGGGGCACCUUUUUCUGCCCGGACCUUGUGCGCUCCUGCUCUCACCUCCCUCGAUGGCGGAGCCGCCAGGAGAUAUGAGGCGAUUUUCCCCGAGUGGAGCGUGCUAUCGCGGUCAAUCUUUGUCCGUGGGGCCACACCACUCAGAGAGAUUAGCCCAAACUCCCUUCCAAAGCGUGCAGGUUAUCUGAUUCUCUCAUGGCCAUAGCCUACACUGAUGCGGGCCAUGCCGCCUCCGUUAGGCACGCUAUGGCCACCUAUCAACGCUCCCAAGCCGAGAAGCUGGCCGAGAUGCAGGAGGGUGGUUCUCCCCCAGGCUUGCUGCAUGAGCUCCGCACGCCAACCGAUUAUGCUGUCAUAACCACCAAAUCGCCUGCCAUUGCCCUGGGGAAGACGUCCUGUUAAGUCCGGUAAACGGUUCCCAAAGCGUUCCCUGGACUGGCCAUUCGGAGAAGAGGGGACCUGCUCUUUCCUCGGUGGAGGGCUGAGGAUUAUUACAUCAGUCCACAAUGACUCUAAACUCAUCGCUGCCGGCCUCCGGGCCAACGGCAACCAAAUUUCCAAAAGAGCAGUUUCCUCUCUCUCCGGAUGCACAAACCCGAGCACUGCCAGUCUUCCAGCUUGCAGCGCCAGGACCCCUCGCCUCAGGCUCUCAGAGUGCAGCAGAACGGACUCCUUUCUCUCACUCUGGCCUCAUCGCGGGAUCCAGGGAGGAAGGUAAGAGAAAUUCUCUUAUUUUCAGCUCUUCCUCGGGACGCACUGCUUGCCGGGAUGAGCACUCCCAUCCUGAGCUGCCCCUCCUCUGGCACGUCAGCAAUCGCUCUGAUGGUGCCAUUAGCGCGCACUGUAUUGGCUUGAUUAGCGCCGCUCAGUGCGUCGCGGUGGCUCAUACCAACGGUCAGACUCGGCUAUGUGAUUCAGUUUGCUAUUCGCCCUCCCAAGUUCACGGGUGUCCUUUUCACAAGGGUUAUCCCCGAGAGUGCCCUGUCUUGCGAGAGGAGAUUGCUGUCCUCCUGGCGAAGGACACAUUCAAGCAGGUCCCCUCAGCUAAUGAGGUCCGGGUUUUACAGCCCAUAUUUCAUCGUGCCCAAACAGAGCGGUGGGUUAAGGCAAAUCCCAAAUCUGCGCAGACUAAACUGUCAUUUAUACAAAAUGCCUUUCACAAUGCUCACUCAGAAAUGCUUGAUUCAGAGCGUCAGUCCACAGGAUUGGUUUGCAGCGAUAGACCUGAAGGAUGCAUGUUUUCACGUCUCCAUUCUUCCACGCCACCGCCCUUUUCUCCGGUUCGCUUUCGAAGGACGAGCGUGGCAAUACAAAGUCCUCCCCUACAGGCUCUCUCUGUCUACGCGGGUUUUCACCAAGCUCGCGGAGGAUGCCCUAGCGCAUGGCACGUGGACAUGCACUGGGUGCGCAUCACUCUGCUGUGUCUCCGUACCCUCAGCCCUUUGACAGAUCUGGUUUUUCUACGGGCUGGAGUGCUCCUAGGGCUAGUAUCCAGGCAUGUUGUCGUAUCAAUGCGCUUUCACGGCAGCUAGUUUCCCGGGGAGAGUGGAGACUCCACCCCAAUUCGGUCCAGCUGAUAUGGGUGCGCUUAGAGGAUAGAUCUGUUUGCUUCCACCGAGAACGCACAUUGCCAGCUGUUUUACUCCGUGACCGAGGCCCCCCUCGGCACGGAUGCACUGGCUCACAGCUGGCCAUCGGGCAUGUGGAAAUAUGCGUUUCCCCCAGUGAGCCUAAUCGCACAAACUUUGUGCAAAGUCAGGGAGGACAAGGAGCAGGUCUUGUUUUUUGCACCCUUCUGGCCCAACUGGACCUGGGUUUCGAAGCUCACACUCCUUGCAUCGGCCCCUCCUUGAGGCAUUCCCCUAAGGGAGGGCCUCCUCUCUCUCCCAGAUCUCUGGAACCUCUACGUGUGGACCAUAGACAGAGCGUGGAAGACUUAGGUGACUUACCGCCCACGGUACUUAACACCAUCACUCAGGCUAGAGCCCUGAAGUGGAUUCUAUUAUCUGAAUGGUGCGCUUCUCGCCGAGAAGAUCCCCAAACUUGCUAGAUUAGCAUUGCGUUAUCCUUCCUUCAGGAUAAGCUGGAGUGUUUACGUGACUGCGAUCUCCGCUCAUCAUAAUGCGGUAGAUGGCAACAAGAUGGAAGCAUGAUCUAAUCAUCUGAUUCCUCAGAGGCACGCGGGGGUUAAAUCUGUCCCGGCUCCUCUCAUGCCCUCUUGGGAUCUCUCUCUAGUCCUAGCGGGUCUGCAGAGAGAUCCGUUCGAGCCACUCGAGUCAGUAUGUCUUUAAAUUCUGUCAUUUAAAGACAGCUCUGCUGAUCGCAUUGGCGUCAUUCAAGAGAGUUGGGGAUCUGGAGGCAUUUUCGUUCAGCGACUCCUGCCUUGAAUUCGGGCCCGGUUACUCUCACGUUGUCCUUAGACCUUGGCUAUGUGCCCAAGGUUUCUACCACCCCAUUUAGAGAUCAGAUGGUGAACCUGCAAGCGCUGCCUUUGGAGGAGACAGGCUCAACCCACUCACUGCUUUGUCCCGUUCGCGCUUUGCACCUUUACGUGGAACAAACGCAAAAUGUAAUAUCAUGUGAACAGCUCUUUGUCUGUUAUGGUGGUCGGCAGAAGGGAAGGGCCGUAUCAAAACAGAGGUUGGCCCACUGGUUAGUUGAUGCCAUCGCCCUUGCUUAUCAAUGCCUACCGUGAGAGCGCACUCUACUAAAAGUGUCGCUACCUCAUGGGCGUUAUCACGUGGCGUCUCUCUCACAGAUAUCUGCAGAGCUGCGGGUUGGGCGACACCUAACAUACUCUAUAAUCUUCAAAUGGAGCCAGUUUCCUCCCGGUUAUUGGGUAACCCCAAUCAAUUGAAGGGGAAUUAAGCUCGGUGUCACAAACGCUUGCUGCGCCAUGCUCCCUAACCAUGAGAUGCGUGCGCUUUUUUCUACUCUGCUAAUAAAUUCCCCUUUUCAGGCGAAUGCUAGAGAGUUCCUCUUUACCAUCAGGUCUCCCCUUCUGGGUAGAAGGUGGUCUCCGCCGCAUCCUCCCCCUGCGGGGACUGACGCUUUUCCAACAUACUGUUGUAGUUCCAAAAAUCCCUAAUCUAUAUUAGCUAGGUAAAAGCAAACUUACAACCCCAAUUAAACUUUAAACAUUUAUUCCCAUGUAAAGGUAAUAUGUUGGGCCUAGGGGACGUUGGAAGGUUGCGCUCUUGGUGAUGUCAGUGCGUUCGCGCUUUGGCUUGACAAACUACACAUUAGGAGUGUGAUGGGCUUUGGUUGCUUAGGCGCUUUCCAUACAGUCUCCCAAAGUCUGUUUAUACAGACACACAUAGAUGUUCCCAUAAAGGGGAACAUCCUAGUUACGUACAUAACCCACGUUCCCUGAAUAGAACGGAGAUGUGUGUCUCCACUGCCACAGCACCUGAGUCUCCAGCUGAAAGCUGAGCGAUCCGCUCUGCAGCAGGCAAAAUUCUGACGAGUUAACUCACACAGCAGACUGAUAUAGCCCUAAUUGACUCAUCAGUUUCAGCUGUGGAGCUAAGCUCCGCCAAUUUAAUUGGCAUUUCAUUGGCCCGUUUUUAUAUCUUCAGAAAUGAUUGGUCGUUUAAAGCACUCGCAAAGUCUGUUUAUACAGACACACGUCUCCAUUCCCUAUUCGUGGAUUGUGUUACAUACUUAACCAGGACAUUACUCCUGGUUGUGGUUCUUCUUCUUGGUGGUUUGCUGACAUUACUCUACAUACCGUGGCACUUGAUAAUCACAAAAACAUGCUGCGUCACAGAUUGAAAACUAUUGUUUUGGGAAACAUUCAUCACUUCAUUAAUUAUUUCCCAAAUGAUACAUCGUACAGUGGGAAUAGAAAUUUAUACAAUCUAGUUCCAAAUUAGCAAUAAUCUAUAUAUAACUGAAAGUUAUACUAUUUGGUUUUUAGGGUGUGACAGACCUUAAAAUCUCUUUGUCUCCUGAGCUCUGACUGUCUCCAAAGCAAUGCAAAUUGACAGUUUUACAGCACAGCAGUGUCUAUUGUCUAACAAAUGGCCAGGCCAGUCAACUGGUCGGACAGGUUCUGUCUACAAAACAUCAUUGUUUUCAUGCUAAAAUGUAUCGGGAAUGGGUACUUAUAUGCUGAUGAGAUCGGGCUGGAAAGGCAAUUUACCCAACCGACAUCCGACUUCAUUUGCAUGCUUUGUUUUAGAUUGUCCCCACCUACAUGCAUCAAUGUCUGUAAAAAUGUAUUUAAACGAAAUGUCUGCUUUACCAGUUUAGAGUUCUUUCGAUGAUGCUUCUUAUUAAAGGAUUCUGCUUUGAAGAUACCCAAAAGUUCUCCCUGGUUUUUGGUUUGUCUUAGAAUUUCACAACAGUUUUGGUGCCAUGAGCCAGAGAAAUUCACAACAGUGCUAUGGUAGUUUAGCCACUAGUUGCAUCGUUGUUUGGCAAACACCCCAGAUCAGCUCAAAUUACAUGCAUAUCUGCUGCUUCAAAUAAAUUACCCAGCGGCACCUAUAAUUUGCCCUAUUAUCAACUUAUUAUUUUUUAUUUGUUGUAAGUGUUUGUAUAAAAUAAAGUUGUGCCCAUAUUAGCCUGCAUUUUAUUAAUACAAUAAACACAGACUUAUUACUCUUUUCAGACUUUAAUGAAAACAUCACUUUCUCAUGGAGACCAGUCUUGCCAGGUUUUCCCAGAAGAAUGAACAUGAAAGCUUGUAACCUCAGAUGUGUUGGACCCUGAUCUGCAGCUCACAGGUGUGGAGAAGAAUUACACAGACACCAGAGUCUGUUUGAUUUAAAGCACCUCCUACUCAUUUUAAUAAAUAUUCAUAUGCUCAAAGAAAAA